GAAGGCCUCGGGUCGGCGCUCAAUCGGGACUAACCUCCUUCUUGCACAAGCGCCAAUCUUUCUUCUCGUAGUAGCAAUCGGUCAAUUUCAUGUUUUCGUCUGCAGUGCUAAAUCAGUAUUCCCGCGUUCUCCGGCUCCGAUACUGAACGUCGGCGUACCUGCGCAUCCCGUGCUGAAUAUCCGCUUGUCCCUUCGCGUGGUCGUUAGCUAAGCUUUCGCCGUCCACUCACGUCCCCGCUCGCCCAACGAAAACAGCAAUUGGCCGUACGCACCAGUCAUCCGGCUCAUCAUCGUCCUGCAUCUUGGACAAGGCGUCGGUUCGUGCUGCGUCGUUCGACAUUGCUUCGGUUCGUAGUCUCUUGUGGGUGUCGGGAUUUCCGGACUAGACGCAGUGGAGUGAGCAGUGCACGGGUGAGGUUGUCACUCGGCGGAGAAACACGGCGCCGAGACACGGUCACAUCAGCCAUGGCGGCCAAGAUGAAUGUUAUGGUCUAUUCCGGGACUGGGACGACGACGGAAUCGGUUCGGCAUUGCUUGUUCACACUGCGCCGGUUGCUAUCCCCUAGCUAUGCGGUCAUUCCCGUGACUGGAGACGUCCUCGUUAAAGAACCAUGGAUGGCGUCGUGUGCACUUCUCGUGUUCCCCGGCGGUGCCGAUCUAGGCUACUGUCGCACGCUCAAUGGGGAGGGGAACCGCCGUAUAAGUCGUUAUGUCAACAACGGAGGUUCGUAUCUGGGCUUCUGUGCUGGAGGGUACUAUGGCUCUUCCAAGUGCGAAUUUGAACCCGACAACCCUGAGUUAGCCGUUGUUGGUACAAGGGAGCUUGAGUUCUUUCCAGGAGUAUGUCGAGGACUUGCAUUUCCAGGAUUUGUGUAUCACUCUGAGGCUGGCGCGAGGGCUGCGGAUCUGAAGAUUCACAAGGAUGCUUUUAGCGAUGCUAAAGAAGAGCUGCCAAACAGCUUCAAGAGCUACUACAACGGUGGCGGAGUCUUCGUGGAUGCGAAGACGUUCGCAAGCCGAGGCGUCGAAGUUCUGGCGAGCUACACCGAGGACUUGCAUGUCGACUCUGGUGAAGGCAAAGCUGCGGUUGUGUACCGUAAACUUGGCCAGGGUCACGUCAUUCUCACUGGACCGCAUCCCGAAUUCGCUCCUGCUAAUCUCACGAAACCCACUGGGGAUCCGAAAUAUUCUCAGACGAUUGAUGCAAUUGCCGCCACGGAUUCUACUCGGGUCGCUUUCAUGAGGCUUCUUCUUUCGAAAUUCGCCCUUAGUGUCAACGAAGAACAACAAGCGGUACCACCCCUUUCCCGUCUGCACCUCUCGUCUCAUAAGCCGACAGGUGUCGCCGACCUCGUUGCGACGUGGUCUGAAAGCUUCACUAUAGUCGAUGACGAAGACUACAUCGUGGAUGUAAACGAUGUUUUCCAUGUUAAGAAGAAUGAUGGGACUUGGAGCGUGCGAGGCUUGACAAGAGCAGUCUCCGACGUUGCUCUCGACGUUCUGCCUAAAGCUCUUACGGGUCAGGACGAUAAGAAGACGCCAGAUAGCGGACAGAAGAGCGAGCAGAGUUCCGAUGACCAGAAGAAGCCCAAGACGAAAGAAGAACAGAUCCGCGAGCGCGUGGCGUAUACAUCAUCGGCUUCACCAGACCGAGACAUUGACUACGAUAAGAUCAUCAAGAGAGUCGUCUACUAUGUAAAUGAACUCCCCUCUAAGCAAGCAACUCCAUUUUUUGACCACGAGUCGUAUUACGCAAAUCUUGCACAUCACCACCAGAAAGCACAAAAUCACGGCCCUACCUUUGGCACGAAUCUGCUCUACAGCGAAGUCACGACCUCUACCAACACGAUCCUCGAAAAGAAUCCGUCUUUGCUGCGGAACCUUCCCACAGGCUUUACGGCGACUGCCAGGACACAAGUUGCGGGCCGUGGUCGUGGCUCAAAUGUCUGGAUCGCACCUCCCGGAGCGCUUAUGUUUUCCACCGUUAUCCACCACCCCUUCUCGCUGACACAAAACGCACCUGUCAUCUUUGUACAAUACAUCGCCGCUCUAGCUGUCGUUCAGGGCAUAAAAACCUACGCACCAGGCUACGAGAAUGUGUCAGUCAAGCUCAAAUGGCCCAACGAUAUCUAUGCCCAGAUCCCCGGCUCCCCUACCAAUCCUUUGGUCAAGAUCGUAGGCAUCUUAGUCAACUCCAGCUACUCCGGUAGUGACUACUCGCUCACGGUCGGAAUCGGUCUCAACCUGGACAACCCUCUGCCCACCAUUUCACUCAACAGUCUGAUCAGUGCUCUCGGUCUCAAAGCCAUGACGAACGAGAAGCUCCUUGCCAGCAUUCUCGCGUCCUUCGAGUCGCUGUAUAGAACCUUCUGCAGGUCGGGGUGGAGCAGACAGCUGGAAGAGCUGUACUACGAGAAUUGGUUACACAGUGAACAGGUUGUUCAGUUGGACACACAUGGCGGGAUGAAAGCGCGCGUCAAAGGUAUCACGAGGGAUUGGGGUCUUCUGCUUGCGGAAGAACUGGGUGAUGGGGAGAGGCCGACGGGUCGGAUGGUGAGCUUACAGAGUGACAGCAACAGGUUCGACUUUUUCAAAGGUUUGGUUUCGCGAAAAGUUUGAGGGGGCUGCUUGUAAACUUUUUGAGGUAUUCUCGGAGCUCUUCGAACUUAUAAGUCAGCGCUCUCGCUCCUGCUUUCUUCCUCACGUUCGUGCUUUCGACAUGACUUUCAUCACAUCUCAUACCCACUCUCUUUAUCUUGUGCUGGAUGACUACCCUUCAUAUCUCCAUUACCACUUCCCUCUAUGCCACAAAUCAACCGAUUUUCAUCAACAUGCCUUCCGGAACCGAAGCCAACCCCAUCUCAGACUCCGACUUCUCAUCCACCUCAACCCUCUUCUCCACUCCAGCUCCAGGCACCAAAGAAGACCAUAUCAUCUUCUCCGACUCCGAUUCGGACUCCGACCCCGACUCGGACGACGAGCCGCCCAAGGAGAAGCGCACCCCUCGCCACCGCACCC